GCUAUUGGUUUCUUCCGGAGGCUCGCCCGAACUUCCGAGCCAACCAGAAUCAUUGAUUGCUGCUUGCAUUGCGCUUGUCUCGUCAGCCCGGAGCUCUUGCGAGGAUUUUCUCGAGGUUUCGUCAUGGACAAGGACAAGCAUACGUUUAGGAAUCCAUUUGGAAGACCGAACAUGACUUCCUCUGGAGCAGCACUUUCGGCGUCUUCUGUUCUACCCUCAACGAAAACCACCAAGGGAAUCAUUGCAGGUGGCAUCACUGGAGGAAUUGAAAUCUGUAUUACCUUCCCAACUGAGUACGUCAAGACACAGCUACAGUUAGAUGAGAGAUCGGCCAAGCCACGCUACAAUGGCAUAAUGGAUGUGGUCAGGCAAACAGUGAGGGGCCAUGGAGUCUCGGGACUGUAUCGGGGACUCAGCGUACUUGUUUACGGCUCUGUUCCCAAAUCGGCCGUGAGGUUCGGUGCGUUUGAAGCCCUGAAGAAAAGGAGCGUGGACGAGAAGGGGAACUUGUCGCCCCAGAUGCGGUUGCUGUGCGGGUUGGGGGCGGGGGUCUCCGAGGCUAUCCUCGCCGUCACUCCCAUGGAGACCGUCAAGGUGAAGUUUAUCAACGACCAAGCCAGUCCCAACCCCAGGUACAAGGGCUUUGUCCACGGUGUACGCGAGAUCAUCCGUCAAGAAGGCAUCAAGGGGACGUAUCAAGGCCUGACUGCAACAAUAAUGAAGCAGGGUAGCAACCAAGCGAUCCGCUUCUUUGUCAUGGAGACCAUGAAGGACUGGUACCGGGGUGGUGACCCCAAGAAACCUGUUAACAAGCUCGUGGUUGGUUUGUUUGGUGCCAUAGCUGGUGCAGCGUCUGUGUUUGGGAACACCCCCAUCGACGUAGUCAAGACCAGGAUGCAGGGAUUGGAUGCACACAAGUAUAAGCACACCUUUGACUGCAUCUACAAGAUUGCCAAACACGAAGGAUUCCCAGCCUUUUACAAGGGCACAAUUCCACGGCUCAGUCGUGUGUGCUUGGACGUAGCCAUUACUUUCAUGAUCUACGACUCGUUCAUGGACCUCUUCAACAAGAUCUGGAAGACCGACUAGAAGAACGCCUUCCCAGAACUGCGAGGAAUUCUCUCAACCUGCAGGAAAAGAGUUGAUGGAACUUGCAAUAGCGCUACGUUCAUUGGGACAGGGAAUAUCAAAUAUCAUGGUGUAUCAUUGCAUCAUGAACACUUUUUACCUCAGUCAUUAACAGAUUUGUUUCUCCUUUGAGGUGACGUUGUUGUCCAUUGUUCAAUGCUGUACGUCUAGUACCUCCGGUGCUGUCUUCUUGGUUGGGUACACGCAGCAUCUUAUAAGUAUGUACCGUUACGGUGUUGUUAUGCGCAAGCUCUGUUGUUAGUACCGCAGAGAAGAUAACUUUAUGCCUGUCAAGCCAUUCCAGUUGUGUUUGCUCAUUUUAAAUUGAUAUUUAUUUCUAUACUACCCACGGUAGAGCUGUCAAAGUGUACCGAAAGAUUUGCAACAGCUUGCUUGCCGUAGAUGCUUGUCUGAUUGAUAGCUAGCUGAUUCAUGAUUACGGUAUUUUGAGUAAGACUUCAAAAUUUUACGGAAACUGUUGCUUACGCAUGUUGAAACUAAAAAAAAAUAUUGUAUUAUCACCAAAAAAUUUUGUGCCUUGCUUUUUUCUCCCUCUCUUUCUACUACACUGUUUACUAACAGACAUACUGUGUGCUGCAGUCUGUGAGUACGUAUACACACGUACAUCCACUAUGUUUGUAACAUUUCCAUUUUUCGUAUAUAUACUACUACUGCCAUUCCUAUAUUGUGUCUGAGAGAAGACUGCUCUACGAAGAUAUCCUAAAUAUAUCCAACCUAUUCCACCGUGAAUACUGUAUUGGCACACGUUUCACGGUACGCUGGCUAUUGUGAGAUCGGCGAACCCUUACAGGCCAUUGCUCUGGUGUAUCCUGGCAUGCUGUGUCAUGUAAGGUCGCUGACUAAACAUUUAUAUAGUUAUAGUUACAAGUAUAUAAAAAUUCACUUACACGUUCUGUACCUACUGUUGAGAGAGCUGAACCUUUGUCGUCCAUUGCCCCCUUCGGCGUCCGAACAUCAGCUAGUCGUCCGCGCAAGACGCCGAUCUCCGCCCGACCAACUCAGCUCACAAGUCGUAAGCAACGGCUUAAUCCAACUUGGCUCUAAGCAUCUUCUACCUGGAACGCGAUAGUGAGAUACAAAGCACGGUGGCGGUUUCCCGAUCUGGUGUGGUCGACCUCACCAGUUUGUAGCCACUUCGGCUAUGCGCUUUCAUUCCACGUCUUGAAAACUUUGUUCCACGUUACGUCUGCGGGCUGGAAAAGGGAGCGUGUCCGCCAAGAACAAGUCUGGGCUUAAAGGGACUAUCGCCUUUACCAUGUAACCAUCAAUUCCGAAACUACGUGCGAGUCUUAUUCCUCUGCUGACCACUGUCAAAUAACUCCGAAAAAUCUUGCACCAAAAUUUAAAAACAAGUUCACUUCAAACUACGUUACACGCUACGUUAAUUUCGACCUCGUUAUUAUAAUGCAAAACUUUGAUUCCGUUACGGAGCUGCCAUCGAAAUUAUACCGGACUCUUUCUUGCUUCGGCACUAAGCAGUGAACGUCGGUUCGGCUCGCACAUCGGUGUUUUUAGUCCACGUUUAGUCCCGGCGGUGAAAAACAUAGUGCGCGUUGUGAAGCGGACUGGCAUCGCUGUCCGAAGGACGUGAAGAUGACGUGAAUGUUGUCAGCGGAGCAUUCACGAGGACUGUUUUGGGCUACGAUUCGGUGAAUCGGUGUUGAAAAAUGCAGCAGUGCGCAUCAUGCCGCGCACAUACGGAACACUACGAUCGGACCCAUUCCAAAUCCACAGGGCCACGAUUCCUGCUGUCCCAUUGGGUGGCGCCAAUCUUUGCCUCCUCGGGAUCCCAUUCGUUGCCGCCAAAGACUGCUCUGUUUUCAUUGCGUUUUUCGUCUACAGUGAACCCUCGUUAAUAUGACCCCCGAUAAUCUGACAUACGCGCUUUACGACCAUACUCCUGGGGAACAAUGCAGUAAAACCUUUGCAAAUCCCCCCCGUUUAUAUGACAAUUCCGCAUUAUGACCAAAAUUUUCGGGAACGACCAUGGUCAUAAUAACGAGGGUUCAUUGUAAACGGUAGCGUUGUGUCAACUAACUUUGUUUGAUACGUACUAAUUGAAACACAUUGACUUUCAUUUGAGAGCCAUUUCUUCCUUUUUCUUUUAAUUUUAGUGCCCCUUUAAUGACUUCGAGCUGAUCUCUGAGUGAACUCUUGAGUGAGUGUCUGCGAGGCACCUAGUAAGCGAAGCCGACAAACUUGGGAACACGAACUUGGGCCGGCGCGCUGCUCCCUGAUUUACCCUUCGGACGUGCGUCGCCAUGAAGUUUUUUGUCACUGGAGCUUCUUCAGAGCUUCAGAGGCAAUGCUAAUUUAUGAAAAUACGUAGCUUAUUUCAUUUCUGAACACUCUUCGGGAAAGAAAACUGGUCGUGGAAACGUGGUCAUACAUAGUGGUAGUUGCACACUCCAGUCUUGAGCUUUUGCCUGUGGGGCACUUCGUAACACCCGAUAUUUCUCAGCAUGCCGAAAAGUACGGGUUUCUCCGGCAUGCUGGACGUCCUCAUUUUUGACACUGUGUGCUGAGAAAUGUACGAUGGUACAUUAACCAGUUGCAUACCUGGCUCUGCUUGAAAACAUUCACAAACUGAAAGCACCUUGUUACUCCGUACGACCCUUGGUAAACGUAAAUUUCAGCUAUGGUGUGAACUUUAGACCUGUGUGUUGUAGGGCUGUGCAUUGUGUGUGCAGGGCAGAUGUUUGCUGUUUGUGAAGUGUAUCUGCGAAGACAAUCAAAUGUUCCUCGAGCAAUUGAGCACGCGUGUCCACACGUGGCAUUUCAAUGUUGUGCUCAUUCCAUUUAGAACACUUUUGCCUUCAAAAAUUGCAACAUCCAUUUUUUGCAUUUCAUGUGAAUUGAUUUUUCUCACUGCAACAGUUACUAUGUAUUGGUGCUUAUGUACGUUUUAUUAGCAGUAUAAGAGUUGUUGAGUUUGCAGAGCUUUAUUUUUGAAGACAAACUAUUGUUACAGGUGUCUCAUUACAAUAUUUUAAUUGAAAUAUCUCCAAAAUGACAAACACUUUUUGUGUGCUUUUCUGCGACAGAAGUACUUGAAAAAAAGCUUCAUUCUGUUCGUGGGAUUAGAAACAAAAUGUCUCCUUGUAAAACGUGUGACUUGUAACUUUUUUAUUGCCAUAAGUAGCUUUUCCACAAUUCUGUAUGUCAAAGCUGUACUACAAGUGCGUUCCACCCAUACGUAGUACGUAUUUCAAACUUUCAAUAGGCUUAGGGCUGUAUAAAGUUCUUGGCACUCAAAAGAUUGACACGAGGGCAAUAAAAAUUAUAUACUACAGGA